UAUACAAAUGUAUUUGGUGGCCAAAACAUAAACUUAAACACUUGGCCGGUUACAAGUACUUAUUCCAGAAAUUAUCUACAGAGCCUCAUCGAAACCGGAAGUAUGCUUCCAAAGAUCAUUUUUUGCACCGGGGUUCUUCUGGCCACGCUUAUAGUUAUACUCCUUGCAGUAUUUUCUCCAGUAGUCCACAGAAAGCCAGUAAAGAAUUCUACAAGCCCAGUGAUGGCUUUUUCCUUGUACCUUCAACAACCUCAACUUUCAAGUUCCAAUCCCCACACUGUGGCCUCACCAGAUGCUGGAGCAUUAAUCUUUCAUCGCACCCUCACUGUCGGUCCAGAGAAAACGUCACUGGUAGUCGGAAAAGCACAAGGCUUCAUGAUCCCUGUUGAACAAUUCGCUCAGUCUGCGUUCAAUCUUAUUUAUUUCACAUUCGACACACCUGAAUAUUCAGGAAGCCUCAGCGUCCAGGCCAAGAAUUUCGGCCACAAGGACAGAGAUGAACUCGUAGUGGUAGGUGGCACGGGCUCUUUUGCUUUUGCACGCGGUAUUGCAGUUUUUCAGCAGACAGAAUUAGAAGAAGGUUCUGCAUCCCAUAUAACAUACAAAAUCAAACUGAAACUAGAAUAUCCCGAAUAAUCUCGAAAAGUAAGGGGAUAAUCAUCUAGACGGCAUUUUUUUGUUGUAGUCCCUCCAUUUUGAAAUAUAGAUCGCUUGACUUCUAAGAAAUGCAAUAUUGAGUUAUUUAACGAUUUUUACUUGUCAA